AUGUUUAGAAUGUUUGAUCCGAUGUAUCAAUCAAUGAACCAGAUACUGGAGGAGAGUGGGAACAUUUUGUGGUUAGGAGAUUGCACUGCUGCCUAUGAUAGAAGUUUAUUGGAUGGUAAGGGGAUAAAGACUGUUUUGACAGUGGCAUCAGGGUUGAAUGUGUCAUAUUCUGAAGGAGGGAUGGUUCAUAAAGUGUAUCAUAUUUUGGAUAUUGAAUCGUCAAAUAUAGCGAGAUUGUUCCCAGAAACAAGUCAAUAAAUAACAGAGGGUCUGAAGAGAGGGGGAGUUUUGGUUCAUUGUGCUGCAGGAGUUUCAAGAUCGGCAUCUGUUGUGAUAGCAUUUAUUAUGAAAACUAGAGGGUGGUUGUUUUAGGAGGCAUUCGAGUUUGUUAGAAAGAGGAGAAGUGUUGUCUUUCCAAAUUACGGAUUUUAAAGAUAAUUGAGAAAUUAUGAAAAAGAUUUAAAAUAAAGCAAAGCCUAAGUGAGUUUGGAUACACCAACUAAGCAAAUUUAAAAGUUCCAAUAGGAGAGCUAGAAAGAGAAAGUGGAGCAGUUAGGCAAUUUGGAAUAGAAGUUGAAAAGUGUGGGUAAUAAGACGAAUUUUUUGACUCCUCAGAAGCAAAAUCAAAAAUAGAGACAACUUUAUCAAUCUGCAAAAGUGAACUAUGCUAAACAAUAUCAAGUGAUCCAGAACUCAACCAGAGUGAGUUCGUCUGUAAAAAGCAACCUGGUUGAUCCACAAUUCAAUUUUACGAAUCAGGGGCCAAUGAUCAUAUCGUAUUAGCAGUAGAGAAAAAAAGCAGCAGAAAAGAUGCCAGAGAUAAAUAAAAGGAAUUUAUACAAAGCUUAAUCAAGUGGAAAUAGAGCUUCGUCUGCUGUCAAACGAGUUGCUAUGCCGAAUGGGUACACUUUAUACAAUUAGAGUGGGCAGAAAUUUCAUUUGCCCAACAUGAAGAAUGCAUCACAACGUUCUAUCGAAGAGGCUGAUAACAGGGCCAAAACAUCGACUCUAUAACCAAUGCAUAGUGAAGCACAGACCAUUGUGCAUCAAAGACCACAGAGUACAAUAGAAACGCCUGCAGUGAUGAUGAAUAAGUACAUCAAUUACAGAAUAGCACAGCCAUAUUCAUCCACAAUAGAUGUGAAUGCCCGUUUAUGGGAAGCAAGCAAAAACACAACUAUCGGUUUGAAAAGAGUUUCAUCAGCUGUCAAGAAAGAAGAAACAGAAUACUAGUAGGAUUGUGAAACUAUUAGUGGUACUUUAAAACCUUACGAAUUUCUGUCAUCUCUCGGUGGCAAAAUGAUCUCAAAUGAACCAUCCAAACAACAAUCAAUAGAUCUUUCUAGACAAAAUAAUACCCAACAGGUUCGUCCUCAAACUGUGACAUCCAUAGGCAAGAUGGACUUCACUAUUAUUUAAGAACAACAAUAAAGACUCUAAUCUGCUCAAUAAACGUUAACCAGACCACCUGUUUCUAAAAGACCCAUGACGUCUAUUUAGAGACCUCAAUCUCAGGCAUUUGACAAUUAAGAAAGCAAAAGAGUUAAAUAAGAUCGAAUCUAAAGUGCUACUCUAGAUGUAUUUUAAAAACCUACUACUCAAAAACAUAAAAAACAAUUUAACGAAAUGAUAGACUAAUAAGUUCUAAGACCUCAAAGCAAUUGGAGUCUCCAACGACCUCUAUCUUCUAAAACAUCUGCACCACAGUCCUUUUUCAAAAUCUAUACCAAAUUUACUAAUCUCAGUGCUCUUGAUUUACCAUAUGAAGAACUUUUCGAUAGAAAUGAAAGAACUGUGGCAGCUACUUUUGCUAGAUUCGGAGAUCUGGGUUAUUAUUCACCAAUCUAAAGGAUUGGAGUCUAUAUGCAAUUUUCAGCAAAGUUGAAAAAGGAACAUUUACUCAAGAUAAUCGAUUUAUAAAAAACAAUGAGUUCAGCUGAAAAAACAGAUGGAGAAGUACCCAUCUAAUUGGCUAUUGUUAAUGAGUUGUUUCCAAAGUAAGGAAGAGAUAAAACUGGUAUUAACUCAGGAGCUAGUGAUGCUUUAACUAGAGAACCAGUAUCCCUUUGCUUGUAUCCAGAAUAUUUUGAUGACAACGAUGAAAAUAUUGAUUAGAUGGAAUUAUCUCUUAAAAAAUUCAAUGAAAUGCUGGCUGAGAUGAAUGGCAAUUAUGAUCCUUCACUUCUAUGCAAAGAUUAUUAUAUUCAUAUUGAUAGAGAGUUCUGGCCAGAAAACAUUCUCAAGGAAGUACUUAUCUCAGAAGAAAGAUAUCGAAACUAUAUAUCUGGAGAUUACAUAAGAAAUGAUGAAGUUCCUAAAUUCAAAAGAGAAUGGAUUUUAAAUGCGUUCAAUUUGAUUAAACCAGAAUUGUUGCGUAAUGAAGAAUGCUCCAGAUUUGUUGUAAAAGAGAUUUUGGAAUUGUUUAGAGAGUACAUGAAGAAAGCAAUGCUCGAUUACAUACUUAGGUCUCCAGAAGAAAGGAAGAGAUUGCACAUCACGUUACUCCCAAGAACUUUCAUUCAUUCAGCACAAAGAGUGGCGAGAGAAGGAGGAUACAAUAUGAAGUUAUUCCCAGAUUGGCAUGAUUUUGUAUCGAGAGGUAAGGAUUUCUGCAAGUCCAAUCUCACUCUCAUAUCUACGAUCAAUUAAGGAUUAUCAGAUUGGAUUUAAGAUUUCAGCUCAUUUAAAUUAUGCGAUUUGAACAAAAUGAAAUAGGUUGCCAGACUAGGUUAUACUUUUACAUUUUAGGAAUUCCAAAGAGUUUAAACAAUAUACAAAUUGAAUGUGCUUUGUCUCUUAGAGCAUGUCUGGUUCAGGGGGGUCAUGCUUAUUAUUAAGCUGUAGAAAUUCUUAAGGUAGAAGCAAUACAAAAGUCAAUGGACUAUUACAGGCCCAAAGUUUAAAUAAUAGUAAUUAAGACAAACCAUUCUUGAAAUCAUCCCAGAAGAAGAUUUUAUCGAUGAGGACAAUGUAAUUUAUAAGGGGGAGGAAAAUCCUUGUUACAUCUCUAUAAAGGAGGCAUUACAAUUCUAUGCAUCUAAAACAACUCAGCCUUAUAAUUUCGAUCGCUUUAAAGAUUCCUGUCAAGCACUCAAUGCCUUUACAGAAUACCAUGUGAUGCUGCAAAACCCCAAUCCCAUCGAAUCAGAUAAGCUGUCGCAAUUCUAAUUGGAGGAAGUCAGGUAAUAACAAGAAGAGAAGCCAUAUAAAAAGUUAGAAAAGGAAUAGAGGAAAGCAAUCACGUAGAAUGCCACUGUGCUGUUAUAAUUGUAGUUGAGAAGUUUCAUUGAUAGAUCCCUACAGCACUUUGAGUAACACAUUCUUAAUAUCAAUAUUCCUAAAUAAUUUGAUAUUGAGAUUAGAGAUACAAAUUUUGUUAGUUUGAUACAGGCUUGCUAAAAUCUAAAAGACAAGGAAUUUAUACCUCCAAAAUGGGGUUUGCUUUAGUAGCCUUAUGAUCCAUUCAUUCGAUUGGAAUUGAUUAUUGAAAAUGACUUUGUUAAGUUAAAGGAAAAUGAAGAGUCAGUCAAGAAUGAAUUUGUGGAUGCCUUCAGAAGUAUCAUUAUAUCAUUUGAUAAAUUCUUGCAUCCAAAAUUCGCCAAAGUCACUUACAAUCCCAAAGAGACGAUCCAACCAGUCCCUUUAAGAAAUUUUCAAUUUAAUUUUGAUCAAGAUAUGGGAGGAAUGACAAAGGAGGACUUUUAGAAGUUCUUCAAGUCUUUUUGGCCAUAGGUGAAAGUGGAAGAGAAGUAAUAAAAAGAGCAUCCUGAACUUCUGUUGGCAUCGGAAGAAUAGAGAGAAAUUUAUUAGGAGAAGAAGUAUAUGACAGUUGCAUCAAUAGAGGAAGGAUGUUAUUUAGCUUAGGAGGCCAGGAUUUUAAAACAUGUUAGUGAGCAUUACAAAAGAACUCAUUAAGUCAUUGAAUACUUUUAACAAUUCACUUAAUUCUUUAAUAAGGUCCAUGAAAAAGAAAUCAAAUCUUUAAAGAAGGCAAUCACAAAUGAAGAAUUCAAAAUGUACAUGGAGAUUCUCAAUAAAUACAAAACUUUGGUAGAUAAACUCCCAUAAACUAUACAAUUCCCUCUGUUUUAAGUCAAUUGCGAGCUUGUCUUAUCGAGCGUAAAAUAGAUGAUCAAAGAAUACAAGGAUAGAUUGUUUAUCAAUUUUGAAUCAGUCUUAAUAGAUUAGGCUAAAGUUAUAUCUGAUAGAUACUUACAGAUUAGUACAUAUAUCAGAAGAUCACUUAAAACACCAGAAGAUGUGGAGGCCAUGGACAAGUACAUUACAGAUGUUGGGUAGGAGAGAGUAAAGAUAAAAACCAAUACAACAGAUAUCUUUAUUAAGGUUAUGUUUUUAUUGAAGCAAGAUUAUGUGAUUAGUGAACAAUUAUUGUUGUUAUCGGAGGAAUUGUAUCAUAGACCAUCUCAACUUGACAAGGAAUUGAUUGAACAAGAAGAGAAGCAUCAGAUUGAGAGAGGAAGGUUAGAGGAGGAACUCAAAAAGUAGAGAUCUCAAUUUGAGGAGAGAGUAGCUAAGUAUUGUAAGGAAAUUGAUAAUCUUGAAACAUUCACUGAAAGAUCGAAAUACAAAGGAUAUGUUAGGGAUAUUGAAGAGUUUGAGUAGAAGUUAGCAGAAGCCAAUGCAGAAAUGUAGGAGAUAAUAUAAAAAGAGUUGACCUUAUUUGGAUAUCCAUCUUAAUUUGAAAAUUUUGUGAAAUUGUAAACUGAAAUAUAGCCGUAUUCAGAAUUGUGGAAAUCUAUAGGUGUGUAUAUGGAGAAUAGGAAGAAUUGGAUGAAUGGGCCAAUAAUGGAUGUUGAUUAUGGUGAUGUAGAGACUAUUUUGAAGAAUCAGAAAAAGGGAAUCGUUAAGCUAAACAACUUGUUCAAGCAAAAUAGUAUUCCAUAUAGAGUUUUGGGAGAAUUCAAAUAAGAUGUUGAACUCAUGAGUUAAAACAGCAAGACUUUGGAGAUUCUAUCAAAUCCAGGAUUACGCGAACGACAUUGGAAAUCAGUGCAGACUAUAUUAGCCACAUCUUUUAAUUAUAAAGAAGUGUCUUUAAGAGAAUUGAAUAAUUUGAAUGUCGAGUAGUUUAUUAAUGAUAUGGAAGAAAUAUCAGAAAAUGCAAGUAAGGAAUUCACUCUAGAGAAUGCAUUAACAAAAAUGAAGAAAGAAUGGGAUAGCAUUAAAUUGGUAGUUUUAAAUUACAAAGGAAGAGGAGUUCUCAUUUUGUAAGGACAAUCUGUGGAGGAAAUUCAAACCUUAUUGGACGAUCAUGUGAUUAAAUCACAAACAAUCAGAGCUAAUCCCUUAAUCAAGUUUAUGGAGGAAGAUGCUAUAAAGUGGGAAAAGUCUAUGAUAUUUAUAUAGUAAAUCUUAGAAUUGUGGAUUAAAGUUUAAGGGAUGUACUUAUAUUUGGAACCAAUUUUCAGUUUUGAAGAUAUCAUAAAAACAUUGUAUGAUGAGAGUGAGAAAUUCAAAAAAGUAAGUAGCAAUUGGAAUUUAAUCACAAAGGCUGUUGAAAUGGAACCAUUAGCCUUGAAUUUAGACAAGAUUCCAAAUUUAAUGGAUAUCUUAUAGACUUCAUUGAGAUUGAUAGAGGAAAUACAAAAAGGGUUGGAGAAUCAUUUGGAGAUUAAGCGAUUAGAAUUUCCUCGUUUCUUUUUUUUAUCGAAUGAUGAUUUAAUUAAUAUUUUGGCAGAGACAAGAGACCCCUUAUUAGUGUAACCUCACAUGAGAAAAUGUUUUGAGGGAAUCGAGGAAUUAAUCUUCAAUUCCAAUACUGAUAUAUUGGGAAUGAAAAGCGUAGAGAAGGAGGAAGUCAACUUUGAUAACAGGGUAUCACCUAAAGAGUUUAAGAAUUGUGUUGAGAAAUGGUUACUGAAGGUGGAAGAAGAGAUGAGGAACAGCAUUUCACACUUAAUACGUUAAUGCUAUGGAGAAUUACAAGAAUUACCAGUGUUAAUCAAAUGGAUUCGUAGAUGGCCUGGUUAAUGUGUAUUGACUUGUGCUUGUAUUAACUUUACCAAUUAAAUCGAGAGCCUAAUAAGAUCAGGGAAGACUCUGAAUAAAUUUGGAAAUGACAGAGUUAAUCAUUUGAAUGAGAUUGUGUCUUAGGUUAGGGAAUCUUAACAAUAAAAUGAAAGAUAGUUGUUGUCAGCUCUUAUAGUGUUGGAGGUGCAUAAUAAUGAUAUCUUGUAAGAUCUUAUAAAAUUGGAAAUGAAAGACACAAAUAUAUUUGAAUGGACCUCAUAAUUGAGAUAUUACAUGUAGGAAGACACAAGUGUUUCAGUCAAGAUGGUCUAAACAUCUAUUCCUUAUGGAAAUGAGUAUUUAGGAAUAGGAAGCAGAUUGGUUAUUACUCCAUUAACGGAUCGAUGUUAUAGAACUUUAGUUGGUGCAUUACAAUUAAAUUUGGGAGGAGCACCAGAAGGACCAGCUGGUACUGGUAAGACAGAAUCCACAAAGGACUUAGCCAAAGCAGUAGCAGUAUAAUGUAUAGUAUUUAAUUGUGGUGAGGGAUUGAACACUCAUGCAAUGGCCAAGUUCUUUAAAGGACUAGCAAGUGCUGGUGCUUGGUCAUGUUUUGAUGAAUUUAAUAGAAUUGAAUUGGAGGUCUUGUCUGUCAUUGCAUAAUAAAUCUUAUAAAUUCAGUAAGCUAAAUCAAUGUCGAUUGAAUCAUUUUAAUUUGAAGGCACAGAAAUACAUAUUCAAUAAUCAUGCAACAUCUUUAUUACAAUGAAUCCUGGAUAUGCAGGUAGAUCAGAAUUACCAGAUAAUUUAAAAGCACUCUUUAGACCAUGUGCUAUGAUGGUACCAGACUAUGCUCUCAUUGCAGAAAUAUCUCUAUAUUCAUUUGGAUUUGUUGAGGCAAGAGCAUUGGCUAAAAAGAUCGUUGCUGUAUAUAAAUUAUGUUCGGAAUAACUGUCAAGUCAAGAUCACUAUGAUUAUGGUAUGAGAGCAGUCAAAGCAGUUUUGACAGCUGCAUAAUUACUCAAACGUAAAUCUACUGAAAGAGAGGACAUUCUUAUUUACAGAGCCAUAGGUGAUAUCAAUUUACCAAAGUUCUUAACUAAUGAUGUGAUGUUCAUUCAAUGGUAUUAUGAGUGA